AAGUUAUCAGUUCCGAACCAAAUACAUCAUUUCCUCGCACGUUCUUAGCAAUUUCAAAUGUUUGAUCUUUUAAUCUUUACUCUAUAACUAAAGAUUAGAUAAAUCCACCAAUUUAAAAUGUUGAAUCCUUUCACCUGCAGCACCUGCGGUUUCCAUCAUCAGGAAGAAGAUGGUGAACCGUCAAGCUGCUCUGUUUCUACGCCGAAGAAAUCCAAGAGAAGCAACUUGGAUAAGAGCCAUAACAGCAACAGCAAGAACCCAUAUUCGAACUGUGGACUCGACAAGUUUUCUGCGCUUCUUGCUGAACUCGAAGAGAAGAGAGAGAAGAUUUAUUCCCAGAUGGGAUCGCAGGACAUUUCUUUUGUUUGCUUUGUGUAUAAGAACUCCAACGACUGUGUUCCAGUUGUGGUGAGGUCGAAGGAGAAAAGAGAAAAAGAGAAGCUCGGUGAAACCAAAGCAAAAUCGCCAAGGCCUGUGGCAAGGACGCCGCAGUCAGAGAUUUUGGAGGAGUUCCCAACUACAGCUGCCGGAGGCAACAGAGUCAAGUUAGUGAAAAUAGAUUCGGACAUAAAGAAAAAGAAGAACUCUUCGUGGAUUACGAAGUUGCGUCGAUGGAGGCGGCCUUCAUACUAUUUUCCGGCGGUCAUAGUAAUGAUUCUUUUGCUGCUGGUAUUUUUUGGAAGGUUGGCGGUUACACUAUGCACAUGUCUUUUCUGGUGCAUGAUUCAUACUUUGAAGAGAGAUGGUUCGAAUGUAAGAAGGGUGACGAAGAAGAAAGAUUAUGUCAGAAAAUUGAGUGAAAACAAAUUGGUCGGUGACGGUUUUUCUUCUCCAACGGACAAGAAAGCAGGAGCAGUCGGAGAUAAGUCGUCAAAGCGGGCAGGCCAUAGGCAAAGCCGGGGAAGAUGAUCUGAUCUUGUUAUAAAGCAAAAGAGAAAAAGAAGAAUUGCAAACAAAGUUUCUUUGGUUAGUUUUGCCUUAAAAGUGAUGUGCGCUCAGUGUUGUUAUCAUGCAUGCGGAAAGCCCCUAGAUAUUGGUGUUCUCUCUUCGGUAAGACCAACUACAAAAUUACUGAUUCUUUGUGUAUGCAUUUUAUGUAAGUUUUAUAAAGAAAAUAAUAGACU